AUGUUUUUUUCAACAGUAACUCUUGUUCUAGUAGCACGUCAAAUAUUAAUCUAUGGAGGAUUAUUAAUGAUAUUUAUUGGAAUGUUUGGUUCAUUAAUGAUUAUUUUAAUAUUUAGUCGAAAUCCAUUAAAUCAAAAUCCAUGUUCAAUUUAUAUAACUGUCAAUGGAAUUUUAUCAUUUUUAUUUUUACCAUUUUAUUAUUUACCAAAUAUUCUCACAUUUGGUUUUCAAAUCAAUUUACUUGCAUUAAAUACAUCAUUUUGUAAAUUUCAAAUGAGUUAUGCCAUAUUUACUGUGACAUCAUCAUUUAUUAUCAAUUGUUUUAUAUCAUUUGAUCGUUAUGCAAUAUCAUCUCGAUCUGCACGAAUUCGAUCAUUGAGUUCAAGAAAAAUGUCUUUAUAUUUAGUUGUUAUUGGAUUAGUAAGUGCUUGGUGUUUUAUUGGUUUACCAGCAGCUAUUCUUUUUGAAAAUGUUCCUCUCGGAUCUAAUGGAUCUUAUGUAUGUACUUCAAAAUCAACAAUGUUUCUAUUGAUUGCAGCUUUAGUUUAUUAUCCAAUUCUUGAAGGAGUUUUACCCAUUGUUUUAGCGAUUUAUUUUUGGUAUUUAACACGAAAACAUAUUCGAACUUUAAAUAAUCAACAAUUUAUAAGACGUUUUGAUACACAUAUAACUCGAAUGUUCAUGUUUCAAGUAAUAGCAAAUGCUAUUGCUUCUGUUCCAUUUGCAACAAUAAAUCUUUAUCGAUCAUUAACAAUUCAAGUUAUACGAAGUGAAGAUCAAGAAAAUAUUGUUCAGUUUUUUCGUGUAAUAGCAAUUUGUUUAUUUUAUAUUCAAUAUUGUACUGAUUUUUAUAUUUAUAUAAUAACAUCAAGUGAAAUUCGAGGACAAGCAAGAAGAAUAUUGUGUUGUUGGCAUCAACGUUGGAAUGAUCGUGUCGUUCCAGAGAUACAAUCAUCAUCUACAAGUGAAGGAAAUCAAGAUUCAAUAAAAAAUGAAAUUGAUUCAUCUUUAGAAUUAUCUUCUGUUGUUAAUACAACUAUUCAAAAUGAUUCUGAAAAGACGAUGAUAUUAAAUGACUCUUCGAACGUGCCAGUUAACGAUGAAGUACAACAAAAUCGAACGCUAAUAACUGAAAUGAAUCGAACAUUGAGUUCAAGUCGAUCAAGUUUUAAUAAAUUUAAAGAACAAUUAACUCAACACGCACGUACUGUUAUGGCUAUACCAUCAUCACUUACAUUAAUUUUAACAAAUACAUUAUCCACUAAUAAUAAUACCAACGAUAAUAAUAAUAUUGAAGAAGUUUAUUGGGUUGAAAUUUGUAUUGAAAGAGCAAAAGAUUUAGCUGUUAAAGAUAUUAAUGGUUCAAGUGAUCCAUAUGUUAAAGUUUUAUAUGGUAAUAAAGAAAUAUAUAUAACAAAUACUGUAUCAAAUAAUUUAAAUCCAAUAUGGAAUGAAAAAUUUAUUUUUUUUGUACAUGAUUUAUAUAUUCCAAUUUAUUUCAAUCUAUUUGAUCAUGAUCGUAUUGGACGUGAUGAUCCAAUGGGUACAACAAAAAUUGAUUUAUAUAGAUUACCAUUACAUAAAUUAUAUGCUGCAACACUUGAAUUACAAGAUGAACGAAGAAAUGAUGGAAAAAUUGGUAUAAUUAAAAUUAGUAUUAAAAUAAUACCAAAAUCAAUUGAAUUUCGUGAUGAAAUUCUUCGUACAUUGACAAAGCGAUCACAAAUUCGAUCAAUAAUCGGUGGUCAUUUAGGAUCAAAUAGUGAAGUUAUAUUACCUCGACGUACAAUUGAUGUUUUUAUAAUUCAAGGACGAAAUUUAAAGUUAGCCGGUGUUAAUAAACCUUGUAGUCCUUAUAUUAAACUUAAAUUUGGAACCAAUAAAAAAUAUCGAACACAAACAAUAAAAUCUACUCAUAAACCUGAAUGGUAUCAAUCAUUUAUGUAUGAUACAACUCUUAGUGAACUUCCUCCAUUAGAAUUAAUUGUUUUCGAUGACACUAAUACUAUCGAAGAUUUCAUAGGCCGAGGAAUUUGUAAUCUGGCUCAUUUAGAUGAAGAACGAACACAUCUAAUACCAGUUGACCUUGAAGAUGGUGCUGGUAUAAUUGAUUUAUUUGUAACAAUAACAGGAACAACACCAUUAGAAGAAGCAACCAAUGAUGGUGACAGUUUAGCUAAUAUUGCUCUUGAUUUUAUUCCAUCAAAAUUAUCUAAUGAAGAUAUUGAAAAUUAUAAUCUUUUUUCAACACUUCGAUCAAUAGCUUCGAUAUUUGAUGUCGGUAAACUUGAAAUCAAAAUUUAUCAAGCGCGUGAUAUUAGUGCUAAAGAUAUAAACGGUAAAUCAGAUCCAUUUUGUGUUGUUGAACUUGAUUCAAAUCGUUUACGUACACAUACAAUUUAUAAAACACUUAAUCCUGUUUGGAAUAAAUCAUAUGUUAUACCUGUACAAGAUAUUCAUUCUGUACUUCAAUUAACAGUUUACGAUGAAGAUACAAAUAAAAAUAAUGAAUUUGUUGGUAAAGUUGUAAUACCAUUAUUAUCUAUAAAAAAUGGUAAAAAGAAAUGGAUAGCGUUAAAAGAUAAAAAAUGCUUGUUACCUGUUAAAGGUGCUAUUGAAAUAGAAGCAACACUUAUUUAUACAAAUCUUAAAGCAGUAAUUCGAACAUUUAAUCCAAGACAACAAGAAUACUAUCAAAUCGGUGAAAAAUUUAGUCCUAUUGUAACUCUUGUUUUUAUUUGGAAUUUUGAAUUGUAUAUGUUACCUUAUGUACUUUUGUUUUUAUUGGCACGAAAUUUAAUUGCAAAAUAUCGUCAAGGUCAUCUUGAAAAAUCUCAUGCUAGUUUAGGUGAUGAAACAACAUUAGUCAAUGUACAAGCAGCUUCUACAUAUGAAGAAAUCGAAGAUAGUGAUAUUAAUACAAAAGAACAGAAAGUAUCAUUUACUAGUGUUAUACAGAAUAUUCAAGAAACAAUCAUUGAAAUACAAAGUUAUAUAGAUGCUACUGCUUCAACAUUAGAACGAAUUAAAAAUUUAUUUAAUUUUGCUGUUCCUUGGUUAUCCAUUCUUUUUACUAUUCUACUUUUACUUGUUGGAAUAGUACUCUAUUAUAUUCCUCUUCGAUAUUUAAUUCUUGCCGUUGUUAUUAGAGAAUUUACAAGACGAUUCGGCAAACCUAAAGAUUAUAUUCCUAAUAAUGAAUUAGCUGAUUUUAUGUCACGAUUACCUUCCGAUACUCAACUAAUACGAUAUCGAGAACUUAAAGUUCUUUCUUCUUUAUCAACACGAAAAAAAGAAUAA